AUGGCAGAGGCAGUGAGGCCCCCACGCCGGGCCAAGGCCAAGGGCAGCCGGACUAAAACCAAGGAAAAGAAGAAAUAUGAAACCCUUCAGAGGGAAGAGUCUGAUGAAGUCUCCCUUCCAAAAACCUCCAGAGAGCUGGAAAUCCUUACUCCAGCUUGUGAAUUCCAAGGAGAUGCUCUGAAGGAGAUAACUGAUUCCCAGCUCCAGAAUGAUUCUAGUGGACAAAAUGAGAGUGAAAUGUUUGAUAUUCCACUCACCUCCUUAACUCUGAGCAAUGGAGAGCCUCUGACAUGUAAUACAGAGAGUCUAAGGGAGGGGCAGGAGACCAGAGCCUGUGCUGGGGACGAUGCUGUCAAGCCGAAGGUUGAUCCUGAAGGCAGUGUUCGAACCACAGUAGAAACCCCCAAGAACUUCACUGAAAUGGAGAAAGAUACAUUGGUACAAUGUAGAACUUCGGAAAGCAGACAGCAAUCUAACAUUUCUUAUAUUCAGCAGGAAGUGGAAAAUUUGCAGGUCAGAGAAACUCAGAAUAGGAAAGAAGACAAAGCCUUGGGUCUUUCUUCAGAGGUGCUACAGAAUGUUGGCUUGCAGAGUUCUUAUGAAGCCAAAGACAUUUUUCAGCCACCUAGAGUGAAAAAACUGUAUCCCCAGUUGCCAACUGAAAUUGCGGGGGAUGUACCAGCUUUGGUGACAGUGAAAUCCUUGCUUCGUAAUGAGCGACUCUACCCGGAACUCCCAUCUCAACCAGAAGUAGUACCAUUUACUAAAGAACAGCUAAAGAUCUUCGAGCCUGGUUCGUGGCUGGAAAAUGUCGAGGCAUAUUUAGAAGAAUUUGACAGCAUGGCUCAUCAGGACAGGCAUGAAUUUUAUGAGUUACUUUUGAACUACUCACGCUGUAGGAAACAGCUGCUGCUGGCUGAAGCUGAGCUCCUUGCGCUGACAUCUGAUUGCCAAAAUGCUAAAAGUCGACUGUGGCACUUCAAGGAGGAACAGUUAUCUGUCCAGGGUAUCUGUGCAGAUCAAGUGAAAGUUUCAGGCCAUCAUCGCUACCAGAGAGUGGAGAUGAAUGAAAAUGCACUGGCCGAGCUAAAAAAACUGUUUGAUGCCAAAUCUGAGCACCUCCACCAGACCCUGGCUCUGCAUUCUUACACUUCUGUGCUCUCACGCUUGCAAGUGGAGUCUUACAUCUACGCAUUACUCAAUAGUUCGGCUGUUCUGAGGUCUUUAGCAAUUCAUCAGGAAGGCCAAGCUUCUAAACAGGUAGAGAGCAUUCCCUCUGACCUGUGUCAGCUGAAGGAGUGUAUUAGUGUCUUGUUCAUGUUCACCAGGAGAGUUAAUGAAGAUACUCAGUUCCAUGCUGAUGUUCUUCUCUGGCUGCAGAAGUUGGUAUCAGUGUUACAAAGAGUGGGCUGUCCUGGAGAUCACCUCUUCCUUCUAAACCAUAUUCUUCGAUGCCCAGCUGGUGUUAGUAAAUGGGCUGUUCCUUUCAUCCAGAUCAAAGUGUUGAAUAACCCAUCAGGAGUCUUUCAUUUUAUGCAGUCCCUUGCCCUGCUAAUGUCUCCUGUCAAAAACCGAGCCGAGUUCCUGUGCCACAUGAAGCCCAGUGAGUGGAAUCCAUCCUCGGGGCCUGCGUCCGGGACGUGGACUCUAGUAGACGAGGGGGGAGAAGAGGAUGAAGACCCUGAGACCAGUUGGAUUCUCCUUAAUGAAGAUGACUUGGUUAUUCUUCUGUCACAGUUCCCAUUUCAUGAGCUGUUCCAACAUCUUCUUGGGUUUAAAGCAAAAGGUGAUUAUUUACCCGAAACAACAAGACCUCAAGAGAUGAUGAAAAUUUUUGCCUUUGCUAACUCCUUAGUGGAACUUCUGGCAGUGGGGCUAGAAACCUUCAAUAGAGCACGCUAUAGGCAGUUUGUUAAGCGAAUUGGUUAUAUGAUCAGGAUGACCCUUGGUUAUGUGAGUGACCACUGGGCCCAGUAUGUGAGCCACAACCAAGGCUUGGGAUUGGCCCUGCAGCCCUACUCCAUGGAGAAGCUACAGGUUGAAUUUGAUGAGCUCUUUUUGAGAGCUGUCCUACACGUCCUGAAAGCCAAAAGACUUGGCAUUUGGCUGUUUAUGUCAGAAAUGCCCUUCGGGACACUAUCUGUGCAGAUGCUCUGGAAGCUCUUCUACCUCAUGCAUCAGGUGGAGAGCGGGAAUCUGGACAAGCUCAGUACUGCCCUCCUGCCUGCCGAGUGCAAGAAGCACCUCCAAGACCCUGAACAUUUUGUGAACUUUGAGAAGUGUCUUUCUUCCAUGAAUAGCUCGGAAGAGAUUUGCCUUCUAACUACUUUUGCUCAGAUGGCUCAGGCCAGAAGAACCAACGUGGAUGAAGACUUCAUAAAAAUUAUUGUUCUGGAGAUAUAUGAGGUUUCUUAUGUCACCCUGUCCACGCGAGAAACUUUUUCAAAGGUUGGUCGAGAGCUUUUAGGGGCCAUCACAGUUGUUCACCCUGAGAUAAUUUCUGUGCUUCUGAAUAGAGUUCAAGACACCAUUGACCAGGUUGGAAUGGUUUCUUUAUACUUGUUUAAAGAACUACCUUUGUAUCUUUGGCGACCUUCUGCCUCUGAGAUAGCUGUGAUUCGGGAUUGGUUAUUGAAUUACAACCUGACAUUGGUGAAGAAUAAAUUGGCCUGUGUUAUUCUAGAAGGCCUGAAUUGGGGAUUUGGUGAACAGGGGACUCUUCAUCUGGAUCAAGCAGUCCAUGCUGAAAUCGCUUUAAUGAUUCUUGAAGCAUACCAGAAGUACCUUGCACAGAAACCAUAUGCUGGGCUUCUUUCUGAAAGUAUGAAGCAGGUUUCAUAUUUGGCCAAUAUUGUUCGAUAUGGAGAGACACCUGAGACCUCAUUUAACCAGUGGGCCUGGAACUUGAUUUUGAGGUUAAAACUGCACAAAAAUGAUUAUGGAAUACAGAAGAAUUGUGCACCUGUUCCCUUCUCCAGCACUGUGCCAGAAAUGACAGAGUCACCCACGUUUCAUCCUCUCUUGAAGGCUGUGAAGGCGGGCAUGCCCAUUGGCUGUUAUCUGGCCUUAGCUGUGACGGCUGUGGGCCACAGCAUUGAGAAGUUCUGUGCAGAAGGCAUCCCACUCUUGGGAAUUCUGGUCCAGUCGAGGCAUUUGAGAACAGUGGUCCAUGUCCUGGAUAAGAUUCUGCCUUUGUUCUACCCUUGCCAGUAUUACCUUCUAAAGAAUGAGCAGUUUCUGUCACACCUCCUCCUGUUCCUGCACUUGGACAGCGGUGUCCCCCAGGGGGUCACGCAGCAGGUCACCCACAAGGUGGCACAGCACCUGACAGGAGCCAGCCAUGGGGAUAACGUGAAGCUUCUCAACAGCAUGAUCCAGGCCCAUAUUUCUGUAAGCACUCAGCCCAAUGAAGUGGGCCCAGUAGCUGUAUUGGAGUUCUGGGUUCAGGCUCUUAUAAGCCAACAUCUUUGGUACCGGGAACAACCCAUCCUCUUCCUCAUGGACCAUUUGUGUAAAACAGCUUUUCAGUUGAUGCAAGAAGACUGUGUGCAGAAAUUGCUCUACCAGCAACAUAAGAAUGCUUUGGGCUACCAUUGUGACCGGAGUUUGCUCUCGUCUUUGGUGAGCUGGAUCCUGGCAGGCAACAUCACUCCUUCCUUUGUGGAGGGCUUGGCCACGCCCACUCAGGUGUGGUUUGCAUGGACAGUCCUGAACAUGGAAUCCAUCUUUGAAGAAGACUCCCAACUCCGAAGAGUUGUUGAAGGGGAAUUGGUUAUAAACUCUGCAUUUACCCCCGACCAAGCUCUGAAGAAAGCCCAGGCUCAGCUGAAGCUCCCCAUUGUGCCGUCCCUCCAGAGGCUGCUGAUUUAUCGUUGGGCCCACCAGGCUCUCAUCACGCCUUCUGACCAUCCUCUUCUGCCCCUCAUCUGGCAGAAGUUCUUCCUCCUGUACCUGCACCGUCCAGGACCGCAGUAUGGGUUACCUAUAGAUGGUUGUAUUGGAAGAAGGUUUUUUCAAAGCCCUGCUCAUAUCAGUUUGCUGAAAGAAAUGAAGAGGCGCCUGACAGAGGUGGCUGACUUCCACCACGCUGCAAGCAAGGCCCUCCGCGUUCCAGCAGAGGGCAGUGCAGGGCCGCCAGUGAGCCAGGCGGGCCCCCUUGCUCACCUGACUUCGCCAGAACUGCACACCGAGCUUGUGAGGCUCUUCAAUGUGUAUAUAUUAUGGCUAGAAGAUGAAAAUUUUCAAAAAGGAGAUACCUAUAUCCCUUCUCUGCCAAAGCAUUAUGACAUUCACCGGCUAGCAAAAGUGAUGCAGAAUCAGCAGGACCUGUGGAUGGAGUAUUUGAACGUGGAGCGCAUACAUUACGAGUUUCAGGAAACCGUUGGUCUGUGGACACAGGCCAAGCUUGAGUCCCAUUCUGCACCCAGCAGUUCAUCAGUUCAGCUGGACUUCACUGAUCCUUUGUUGGCUAAAGAAAGAGUUUUAAGUAACCUGCGGAAGCAUGAGGACCCCCAGCCUCCUCUUGUUCUGCAACCGAUGAGGCCUCCUGUGCCAGUUAUUUCUUCAGCCAUGCUCCUGAAUCAGAAGGAUGCCACUGAGCUGGUGCGCACAGACCUGAAUCUGCUGCAACAGCAGGCUAGAACUGCAGCUCUUCGGGAAUCUCAGCAGGUGGCGCUGGAUAGUGAACUGUUGGACACAAUGCCCAAGCAGUAUGUUAAUCGAGAAGAACAGACCACACUACACUUGGAGUGCAGAGGCAGUAGUGGUAAAAAGUGCCAGGGAGCAGCAGUUGUAACAGUUCAAUUUGAAGGUAUGCAUAAGAAUGAAGCAGUAAGCCAACAGCUUCAUGUUCUGCGAAAAGAAGUGAAGCAGUUGCAAGCAGAAGCUGCUAAACCACCAUCACUUAAUAUUGUGGAAGCCGCUGUGCAUGCUGAAAACUUGAUUACGGCCUUAGUGAACGCCUACCAGUCGCAGCCCACCCCUGGGGUUCAGAAGGUUGGCAUCAGCCUCUUCUUUACUGUUGUGGAUUAUGUCAGUGACGAGACCCAGCGUCAUCCUCCCACAAGGCAGUUCUUUACUUCAUGCAUUGAGAUCUUGGGACAGGUAUUUAUCAGUGGCACUAAAUCAGAAUGCAGAAGAGUCCUUCAGACCAUUCUGAAGGACAGAAGGCUUUGCUCCCUCUUGUCUCCUUUCUUCACUCCCAGUGCUGCGCCUGCGGAGUUCAUCCAGCUCUAUGAGAAGGUGGUGAAGUUUCUGCGUGAGGACAACAGUGAUAUGAUUUUCAUGCUGCUGACCAAGUUCGAUCUUAAGCAAUGGUUAAACUCCACUAAACCUCCUCUGUCUGAUCGUACCAGGCUUCUGGAGUCCAUUCAUUUGGCACUUACUGCCUGGGGCCUUGAACCAGACGAAGAUAUUUUGAUGCCAUUUAAUCUUUUCUGUAAGCACUGGACUUACCUUCUUCUGUACCAGUUUCCUGACCAGUACAGUGACAUUCUCAGGCUGCUGAUGCAAAGCUCUGCUGAACAGCUGCUGAGCCCCGAGUGUUGGAAGGCCACCCUGAGAGCCCUGGGCUGCUGCACCCCAGGCUGCCCGCAGGGGGCAGCCUCUGCGGAGAGCACGGCGCUUCAAAGUUCUCCUGAUGUUCUCUUGUCUGACAAGCAGGUAAUGGAGACUAUACAGUGGCUGUCAAACUUUUUUUAUAAGCUUCGGUUAUCCACAUUGGACUUUAAAAGUUUUGGUUUAUUCUCAAAAUGGAGUCCUUACAUGGCAGAUGUGAAGACAUUCUUGGGCUAUCUUGUAGAAAGGCUGCUCGACUCAGAAAUGGCCUGCUUGGCCCAAGACCCAUCUGCCAGUAGCAAAACAGUGCUAAGAUCCCUACAUUCAGUAAUCAUCCAGCUCUUUAAGCCAUGGAUACUGGUUUUAGAAGACAAUGAAAGCCAGCGACACUACCCCUGGUUGGAGAGUGAUGCUCUGGUGGCCUCGAGCAUUGUGCAGCUGUUCACUGACUGCAUUGACUCACUGCAUGGGGGUUUUAAAGAUAAGCUCUUGCCUGGUGAUGAAAGCGCCCUUCGGUUGCACCUGCUGCAUUACUGUGAAGCAUGUACAGCGCCCAAAAUGCCAGAGUUCAUCCUGUAUGCUUUUCACAGUGCCUACCAGAAACUUGCGUGGCGGGACCUGCAUCCUGACCAGAUGCUCAUGGAGGCCUUCUUCAAGGUGGAGCGAGGAAGCCCCAAGAGCUGCUUCUUGUUUUUGGGGUCUGUUCUCUGUGAAGUCAACUGGGUCAGUGUGCUCUCUGAUGCCUGGAGUCCCAGUCCCCGCCCAGAGACGCGGGGCAUGGUUGUCUGCCUCCUUUUCAUGAUGAUUUUAUUGGCAAAGGAAGAUCAACUGGUGGACCAAACAGAUUCUCCUCUACUUACUCUCCUUGGACAGACAAGCUCACUCUCGUGGCAUCUUGUGGAUAUUGUUUCAUAUCAGAGUGUGCUGGGUUAUUUUAGCAGCCAUUACCAGCCAUCUAUCAUCCUGGCAAAGGAAUCUUCUGCUGAAUUAAUUGUGAAGCUCCUGAAAGUGUCUGCAGGCCUUUCUGUUCCUACUGACAGCCAGAAACAUCUUGAUGCAGUUCCAAAAUGCCGAGCCUUCACUCAUCAGAUGGUUCAGUUCCUCAGCUCCCUGGAACAAAAUGGAAAAAUCACCUUAGCAGUCCUUGAACAGGAAAUGUCUAAGCUCUUGGAUGAUAUCAUCGUUUUUAACCCACCUGAUCUGGAUAGCCAGACCCGCCACAUGGCCCUCAGCAGCCUCUUCAUGGAAGUCCUAAUGAUGAUGAACAACGCAACUGUCCCAACGGCAGAGUUCCUCCGAGGCAGUAUCCGGACCUGGAUCGGGCAAAAAGUGCACGGGCUGGUGGUGCUGCCACUGUUAACAGCUGCCUGCCAGAGCCUGGCUUCUGUCCGCCACAUGGCUGAGACGACGGAAGCCUGCAUCACUGCUUACUUCAAAGAGGGCUCCCUCAACCAGAAUCUAGGAUGGGGCCCCAUUCUGGUGUCCCUUCAGGUUCCCGAGCUCACCACUGAAGAGUUUCUGCAGGAGUGCCUGUCCCUUGGCAGCUACUUGACUCUCUACGUCUACCUGCUGCAGUGUCUAAAUAGCGAGCAGACACUAAGGAAUGAAAUGAAAGUGCUGCUUCUCUUAAGCAGGUGGUUGGAACAGGUGUAUCCGAGCUCUAUGCAGGAAGAAGCAAAGCUGUUUCUCUGGUGGCACCAGGUCCUGCAGCUGUCUCUGGUUCAGACAGAGCAGAAUGACUCGGUCUUGACAGAGUCUGUCAUUCGAAUCCUGCUUAUGCUUCAAGGCCGGCAGAACCUGUUGGCUGAGGAGAGGCUCAGCUCAGGGAUUCUCGGGGCAAUUGGGCUGGGCCGGAAGUCACCCUUGUCCAACAGGUUCCGAGUGGCUGCCCGAAGCAUGGCUACCUUCCUUUCAGUUCAGGUUCCUGCCGAGGAUCAGAUCCGCUUGAAGCCCAGCUCCGAGUUAUAUCUGACCAUGAAAGCUCAGCAGGCUCUGAAUGCUCUUGAAUCCUUGACAUCGAGUAAGCAGUAUGUUGAAUACCAGGAUCAGAUAUCGCAAGCUGCACAAUUUAUAAAGCAUCCUGGCCAUUGCCUCCAGGAUGGGAAAAGCUUCCUGGCUCUUCUUGUGAACUGUCUGUAUCCAGAAGUGCAUUAUUUGGACAACAUCCGAUAG